GCUGGUGGCGCGUUCCGGCUCCUGCCGAAAGGCAUCAGCGGGCCGCCCCUGCGGUGCGAUGGAGCUGAAGGUAUGGGUCGAAGGAAUUCAACGAAUCGUGUGCGGAGUCACGGAAGUCACCACAUGCCAGGAUGUCGUGUUUGCUCUGGCACACGCCACCGGCAAAACGGGCCGCUUCACGCUCAUCGAACGGUGGCGUAAUAACGAGCGGCUGCUGGCACCGCACGAGAACCCGCUCAAGAUCCUGAUGAAGUGGGGCGAGUACUCCAGCGACGUUCAGUUCAUCCUCCAGCGAUCCGACCAGCAGCAGCAACAGCCGAAAAAGGAUCAACCGCCGGGGGCACCGACGAUCCCAACGCAACCAACGCCGGUGGCGCAGGCGGCGCAAUCCCAACAGCAACUUCUACGCCAGCAACAGCUGAAACUGAACCAACUGAACAACAACCAUAUCGCCGCGAACGGGUACACCAACAAUGGCAAUCAGAUCAUCACCAGCAGCAGCAGCAAUACCACCACUAACAACAACGGGCUCGCCGCCUCCCCGACGAGUCCCAAUGGGCUUAACAACAACAACAUUAUCCCUCCGGGCGUUAUCAGUGCCCACCACCCUCCUCCUCACAUCAAUGGUAACAACGGGUUAAACAACAACGGUCUCCACCAUCAGCACGCACACCACCAGAACGGUGGGUUCGUGGACGAGCGGCAAGCGGGUAUCACCGCCAAGUUGCAUCAAAACAAUCUCAAAAACAGCACCAUCAGCAACCAACACCAUCACCAGCAACACCUGCAGCAGCAGCACCAGCAACAGCAACCCCAUCAACCGACGAACGGCGUCGGUGGUGUGUUAAUACGAACCGGAAAUGAUCCUUCUUCCAUCUACGCCACGGCCACCGUGACGAAGCAAACGGAAUUGAAUGGCGGCACCAACGGCAAGGGUGUGCCGGCAGUGGCGGGGUUGCUGGAGCGCGGGAAAGAAACGAGAAAAAGUCUCAAUUCGUCCGGAUCGUCUCACGAGACAUCGAAAGGCGGCAAGACGGCGGUGGCGACGACGACAACGACAUCGGACCAUGUGCUGUUGCAACACCAACAGUCGCAGCAGAAACAACAUCACCCUCAGCAGCAGCAGCAGCAGCACCAAACCGUGGGCAUCGUGAGGGCCCUCGUUCAACAGCAGCAGCAGCAACAAAAGCUAAACAAUGUCAACAACGUCCGGCAUUCGCCCAACUCCACGAAAGGACCGGCGGCGGUGGCGGGGGCGACGACGGCGGCCACCAGUACGACGAGUGACCACAGUAGCAGUGGCAGCACCAGCAGUAGUAGCAGCAGCAGUGCCAGUUCCACCUCGAGUGCCAGUUCCGCGUCGUCGAACCACACGAGCACGAGCAGCGGAAUCGGCGGGAGCAGUGGAGCCAGUGCCGGGAGUGGCGUCGGAGGGGCGCCUGCUAGUGGCCAUCACCUACAGCACCACCCGCAACCGGUGGAAGCGACCUACGCGAGCGUAAUCAAGAAACCCAAAUCGCAUCCAUCAUCGGUCAGUGGCGGCAGCAGUGGCCGAAACUCCACCGGAACGCCACCGACGACGGCGGCGACGCAGGGUAGUGGCCACUCACAAGGCGGCCCACCACCACCCCCACUGCACGUCGGGAGCAAUGUGGUCGGCGAGUUUAAUGCAGCCGACCUCAGGAGUUCGCUCGAUCGGAAGGUGAACGGAGUCCUGGUGUUUAGCAGUGGGCUCAACGAGCGCGGUCCGGUGGCGCCCUCUGGUGGGUCGUCGAGUGUUAUCGUCGGCGCUACCAUGAAAUCGGCUGACCACCAUCACGGGACACUCGGGCGAUAUCACACCCCACCGCAGCAGCAGCAGCAGCAACACCAUCACCACGGCCUUAUUUGCGCGGACAAUCAGCAUCAUCAGCUGGACACGAGCAGCAUCAGCAGCAGCGUCAGUAGCUCGACUGGCGGCGUCAACCUGUUGCUGAACGGUUCCGGCAAUGGCAGUGGGCCCACCACCAACUCGCCCAUCGUGGGCAUCUCGUCAAACGGGGCCCUGGUGCCGCCACCGUACCGUGACCCGCCGCCACCGCGCAACAGUCCCCUGUCGCAUCGGGCGGUGCUCGAGGGCGGUGGCACCGGAAACGGCUGCAACACCCUGACCAGCCUCAGUAGCACCGGAAGUGCCGGAAGUGGUGCCGGUGCUGGUGGCGUGGGCAGGAAAUUGGACAAGGACAGCCCGAACCUCGGUGCCGGAUCCCCGGUUGCGUUACCGUCAUCGGCGACGGGGGGUGCCACCGGGCCCUUACUGGACCAGCCGGCCCCGUCCGGGGAGACCAAUUUGCUAAACGGCGGUGGCAGCGGUGGCGGCGGCGGCGUUAGUAGUGGGUCCUCCGAGACCCUGCCACAGCAUGUGACCGGUUACCGGGAACUGAUACAGCUCAUCAAGUUACAGCGCGAGAAAAUCAAUAUCCAGCAGGCGGACAUCUCGAAGUACGAUUCCGAGAUACUGUACCUGGAGGGCCGCAGCCGCGACCAGCUCGACCAGCUGGACGUGAUCACGCAGGAGAUCAACAAGACGGACGCACUGUACCGGCAGACGGGCGAACAGCUGCAGGCGUUCCAGUACGUCGAGGAGGAGAGCGAGCUGGUGCGGCAGCAGGAGAAAACGCUCAAGUCCGAGCUGACGCUGCUCCGGUCAAAGCUGGCCAACAGCGAGACGGAGCUGCUGCAGUGCAAGAACCGCAUCCGGCUGCUGAUGGACGAGAUACUGGUCGAGCAGCGCAAGUAUAGCCGACAGUACGAUCCGAACCGACAGCAGCUGCUGGAACGGCAUCUAAUGUGUGAAGUUGACAGGCUCCAGGUGGAGAUCGAUCUGGCGGUGCAGAGCGCGGACCAGGCGAACAAGGCGCACGACAAGCUGCGGACCGAGGUGUCGCUGCUCGAGGCGGCCAUCGCGGACAAGAAGAAGCAGGUCGAGCGGCUGGUGCACGAGAUGAAGGAGGUCAACCUGCAGAGCCUGGCGGUGGUGCCGCCGGCGGACGAGGUCCGGCACCUGCUGGAAGGUGAGUCCGAGUUUGGUUCCGUCAAACCCGGCAGCACCCGACGGAUGAUCGGUUCCCCGCGGCAGCUAGAGAACGCGGUGCCAACGAGCAAAAAUCCGCACGGUGUCUGGGUGUGA